AUGGGCGAGCGUGCUGGAAAAGCACCAGAGGCCUGUGUCGCUGCCGCAUGCUUCAAUGAGACUCAGGCUAGCAGAGAGCUGCGCAGGCUUCACCUACAAAAAGCUUGGGUUCGCCGCAAUUUCGGCGUCGGAACUCCAAUGACAGUGACCUCUGGCCGGGGUCCAGAAAGCGGGUGGGCCGGGCAUCACUCCCCAUUCCGCGAGGGUCACCCAGUACCUCACCGCUGGUGGAGAGUGGAGUCCAGUCCCCGCCUCCAGCCACACCAAGCUGCUCGGCGCCGGGGCGUCUCCCCAGGAGAAAGGCUCUUUGCAGGAGGUGAGAGGGUCCCGCCCCUAGACUGCCCCACACCCAGAGCCACGGUAAAUUUCAGGCACUCUGCCUCUGUCCCUGCCCCUCAUAGGCUUCUCACUCCAGCAAGCACCAUGCACUUCAGUGGUCUAUUCUCCAUCAUUUUGCUUCUCUUUGUGUCUUGGACUUGGACAUAUAAGCCUGUUCUUGAAAAGGGGUCCACAAAACCAGGCACCUGUCCAGAAGAUAAUGCCCUCUGCAGAAGGCAUUAUGAGGCCAAGUGCCAGAGCGAUGAAGAGUGCAGUGGCAAACAGAAAUGCUGUUUCUAUUACUGUCACUUUGACUGUAAGUAUACAGUAGAAGACAGGUUGUCAGAAGUGAAGCCAGGGUUCUGCCCAGACAUUCAAGGCCAGUGUGGGAAGAAGACUCCGUCAGACGCAUGUACCUGUGAUGGAGACUGUCGAGGGUUGUACAAGUGCUGUCCAGGAGCCUGUGGAAAGCAGUGCCUCAGACCUCACUCAGGGAAGCGGGGAACCUGUCCAGAGAUAGUAUAUAGCUGUUCCUCCCCGAAUCCCCCCUCCAAAUGUCAUAGGGACAGAGACUGCCUCGGAACUCUCAAGUGUUGCCCAGGCAUUUGCGGCAAGAAAUGCAUGGAUGCUUUGAACCCUGACUUGCCAAAGCUGGACAAGGAAACAGUAGAGAAAAUUAUCAAGUUCAAAGAGGCCAGACGUGAAAGAGAUCAAUUGUUUUGGAAAAUGAUAGAGGCUCAAAAGGAUCAAGACAAUAUAGUAAAGGAAGGAAAAUGCCCGGGUUUGUCACUCCAGUGUUUAAUGAUGAAUCCAAACCCAUGUGAGCAUGAUGGAGAUUGCCGUGGUGAAAAGAAGUGUUGUGUAGGCCUGUGUGGGAAGAUCUGCAGAGCUCCAGUGAAAGAGUGAUUCCGGUUCCUGUGCUGAGGCUGUCGGACUCAUAUAUUUGGAUUCUAGGAUGGCAAUGUUCUUUCCCUCUGCUAUAGCUGGGCCUUUGGGGAGAAGCCAAAAUAUCUGUGCUAGAGAGCUUCUCAUAGACCAGGGGCGGGGAACUUCUGGAAGAAAUUUGGAUUGAGUCAAAAGGCCACACUUAAGGACUUAGAAGGCCACAUGUGACCUUAAGACCUCAGAUUCUCCACCCCUGGAUCAGGUCUAUCACCAAUAAUACCUGUAGGUUGGAGGCUCCUGUCUUCUCCUCCCUUGUAUAGCUUCUCCUGCAGUACUGGCUCAAUCAAAUUUUGCUCAUAUAACUCAUAUCAAAA